AUGCAGUGCGUGAACAAAUCGCUGAGAGCGCGUCUGCACGGAGACGUGCAGACGCCGAAGCAGAAACCGCUGCAACCGAUGUGUCAUCGGUUGCUAAAGCGUCUCAAGUAUGAGCUCGGUGUCUCGUACUCUCCUCAUACGGAAGACGGAUCUGUAUCGAAGGCGGUUGAAACCAAGCCGCCUUCCAAGCGUGGCAAUACGCGUCGUAGCGUCUUUGGUUCAUCUGACGAAUCAGAUGAACCAUCGCCGAAGCGAAGGCGCUCGAGAUCGCAAGACUCGGGCGCUCACAUUGGUAUCGGUUCUCCUAUGGACACCACUUCGCAGCGAGGUACCAGUACUUCGGUCGGCACGUCGCAGGAAGAGCGGGACCGCAACGUGUUGCGUCUCGCUCCCGUGAAGAAGGCAUGGAUGCCUCCAAAGUCAUUCAUGGAUCGCUUGUCGGCGACGACAAGUGAUCGCUAUCGAACACGAUUAUUCGAUUCAUCAAGGAUCCAUCACCUUGACCCCAGUGCGAAAGAAUUUCACACUGAGCGUGAAUUCUUCAUCGAUGCUUUCUUUAAGCAUCGAUGGUACAGUGGGAAUCACAAACGUGAUGGUCCCUCACUGCUUCAAGCGUGGAACGCCUACAUCCAUAACCUUGAGGAUGUAGGUCGUGACGUUUGGAACGCCAAACUUAUCAAAGGUCGUGAUAAGUUUGAAAAGCGAACCCCGACAGGUGCACGCUACAAGCUGCAUCGUCUGUCAAGGGAGAAAGGAUUACCCUGCCUCUCUUGGGGAGCCUCGUGCCCAUGUUGUGUGAACAACUCUGCACGAGCACCUAAGGAGGCUUACCUCCUUACCAGCCCGUGGUGGCGCGUACGUAUCUCUAGUGAGAUGUACGAAGGGAUUGACAACCUGAAAUUUCUUUACGACCGUGCCGGAAAGACUUUCCCCGGCGGUCCUUCUGCGGCACAGGAUGUGCCGCGUCAUACUACUCAACCAGACCCAGUACGUCAAUCUUCAGUUGGGAGCGGGGCUCUUAAGUAUCCCAGGACGGGGGAUAACCGCGCCAUCGGACGAGUUAACUCGUCCGACGUCCGUUCACAUCGCGCGUGUGUCCCCGAGAGCCUCUUUGACCGCGUAACUCUUGCGUUGCGCCGCGACCUCGAACAUGAGCGGGACAGGCGUCUCCAACUGACGGACACUGUCUUGAAGCAUCGGGCUGAGUUUGCCCUUGCUCAGCUUGAGAACGAGAGAUCUCUGACAUCUCUUCGUGACGAGCUAAGGGUAGCUCGUGUGGAUAUUGACCGGUCUCGGGCCGAGAUAACUACUCUUCAGACCCUUGUCGAUAUCCACCAUCGGGAGCACAGGGCUCUCUGUGAGAUGCUUGAACGCGAGGGCGUUCUUCAUCGGAAGAAGAAGCGUACUGAUGGUACGGCUUAA